AUGCCGCCCCGGAUACCAGCGCGCCUGGCGGCCCAGUGCCUUGCCGGGGCCCAGCCCUCGGCGCUCAGCACCAGGACCGCCUUGCCCCUCACGAGCCUUGUGGCCGGCCUCUCCUUGACAACGACGACGACGACAACAACAACGCCUCGGAGGAGUGCAUCCAUCCUUGCCGACCUCCGUGACAACAAGGAGGCGUACCAGAAGCGCAUCAGGGUCGGUCGCGGGCCGUCGUCGGGCUACGGAAAGACGGCCGGCAGGGGUACAAAGGGUCAGAAGGCGCAUGGCAAAGUAAAGCCUUGGUUCCAGGGUGGUCAGACUCCUCUGAUUUUCCAGAGGGGACGCCUGGGGUUUAAGAACCACCGGGCGGACGUCAUGUCAGAAGUGAACCUCGACAAGCUGCAGCUGUGGAUCGACCAAGGGCGGAUCGACCCGAGCAAGCCCAUUACCCCAAAGGAGAUUAUCCAGUCGAAGCUGGUGGGCAGCAUCAAGGACGGCAUCAAGCUGCUGGCGCGGAAUCCAGAGAGCCUGAAGCAGCCGAUCGACAUCAUGGUGUCGCGGGCGUCCGCGUCGGCCAUUGCCGCGAUCGAGGCCGCCGGCGGCAAGAUUGUCACGCGCUACUACACCAAGGCAUCGAUCACGAGGCUCGUCCAGGGCAAGAGCAUCAACACCGACCUCCCGCUGCCCGUCGGGCCCGAGCACGUCGAGCCCGUGCUGGAGAAGGUCCGGCAGGGAGGGUUCUUCUACCGCCUGCCCGAUCCGACGUCGCGUUGGGACAUCGAGUACUACCGUGAUCCUGCGCACAGGGGAUACCUGAGCCACCAGCUGCAGCCGGGCGAGUCGCCCAGUUUGUACUUCAGGGUGCCGCCCUCGAAGCUGGCGAAGCGCAGCAAGAAGGCCAAGUCUGCGCAGGUCGAAGACGUCAAGCUCUGGGAGAAGCUGCGGACUUGA